UGGUGAGAUGGCGUUGCUUAGUGUACUCAUCCUGACCUCCUUGAGCAUUGGGGUCCUUCAGGCAUUGACCAGAACUGACUGUGGAGCAUAUUCCAGAAAACCAGAGUACACCGACAUCUCUGUGGUCUGCGGGACCUCUACCAUGGACCUGACCAUCCUCAUCUGCCCCGCCGUCUAUACCGGAUACAAUGAGACUCUCCUGAUCCUGAACCAGAUUGUGGAUAACCCAGACUGCAAGGGUAGACUGGACAUGUCAGUCACUCCACCAGUGCUCCGGUUCAGCUUCCCCAUACGACUGGGUAACGCCUGUGGAAGUACUUUCCUGACCACGAGUUCACCAGGCGUGGGAAUAUUCUCGGACUUUUCAAACAUUCAAACGGUCAAUGUAAGUGGUGUGGUCCGCUCCUUUGACCCUACCGUAGGGACUGUCACCUACAACGCCGAGCUCAAGUACUUCUACUCAUGCGCUUACCCACUGGAGUAUCUCAUCAACAACACACAAGUAGAUGUCGCGGCGUCCUCCAUUGCUUUGAAGGAAAUCAAUGGCAGCUUCAUCAGCACCCUCAGCAUGGCUCUGUACAAGGAUGAAAACUACACCACACCCCUUAUUAUUCCGUACCAGGGGGUCGAACUAAGGACUAACAUCAAUGUUCAGGUUCUUGCUGUCAACCUGACAUCCCAGUAUAAUGUUCUUCUGGACCGGUGCUAUGCCUCAAUCUCACCCAGACCCUCCAACUCAACCAUCUUCAAUCUGUUUGUCUCGUGCUCCGUAAAUCAGCAGACCAUCAUAGUAGAAAACGGGGUGAGCCAGAAGGCCCGCUUCAACUUCCCGGCAUUCCGCUUCAUCGAGCAGCAGAAUGAGACCGUCUCCACCUACUACCUCCAUUGCAUUACCAGACUUUGUGAACCCAGCACCUGCAGCACCUUCAAGCAAUGCAACAGGAGGAGGAGAAGUGUGGAGGCCAUUAUCAACGACGGUGUCACUGAGCAAACUAUCCUUACCGUGCCAAUCAAGACCAGGGCUGAGAGCCCCCUAACCUCCCCAAACGCAGCGCUGUCCGGUGAUCAAAAAUAUGAGAUGGGGACAUCAGUUGGUCUGGUAAUUGCUGUGGCAGUUCUCAUUGUGGUUGCAGUGGCUGCUAUUCUGAUGGCUGCCACCUUCUACCGUAAACUAAGCAGGCUAGGCUAAGAGUUUGUAGGACACAGGGAAAAGUGACAAAGCAACACUUUUGCCAAUGAAACAGUAUGUCCAUACUGGAAGCAACACUCUCUUGAUUACCUUUCAUUUUUGGACCCUGCAUGUGUCUUUGCUCCACAUGUUA